AGUUUAAAUGCUGGGGAAUAUUCCCAUUUUCCCACAGGAGAAGGAGAAGCAAGCAGGAGGAAUUACUCCAGGAGAAACUAUUGUAAAGAUGGAGUUUAAAGAAGAACCCUGCAAAAUGAAAGAGGAAGAUACAGAGGAACAAAUAGGAGAAGCAGCAGCAAGCAGGAGGAAUUACUCUAGGAGAAACUACUGACAUACUAUUGUAAAGAUGGAGAUUAAAGAAGAACCCUGCAGAGUGAAGGAGGAAGAUAUAGAGGAACAAACAGACCCAAUGGAAGUGAACAAAGACAAAUAUCAGCUUCAAAACCCUCAUUCCUUGGCAAAUGAAGAUGAAAGCACAGUCAUUUCACAGAAUGAAGAGUGUUUCACACAAAAACAAGCUCGGAAAACUGGAGUCAAAGGAUCUUUCACCUGCUCUGAGUGUGGAAAGAGUUUCACUCAUAAAUCAGCACUAAACAGACACAUGAGAAUUCACACUGGAGAAAGACCGUUCACCUGCCCCGAGUGUGGAAAGAGUUUCACACAUAAAUCAGCACUUAACACACACAUGAGAAUUCACACUGGAGAAAGACUGUUCACCUGCUCCGAGUGUGGAAAGAGUUUCGCUCACAAAAGCUCUCUCAACAAUCAUCUGCGCCGUCACUCUGGAGUGAGAUCAUUCAGCUGUGAUCAGUGUGACAAAACAUUUGUUGUGGAAUCAAACUUGAGACAACACCUUAUAGUUCAUGCUGCUGUGAAGCCUCACUUUUGUUCUUUUUGUGGAAAGAGUUUUACACGACUGCACUCUUUACAAGUUCACCAGACAAUUCAUACUGGUGUGAGACCUUAUAUGUGCUUUGACUGUGGGAAGACUACAUUUACAUCCAAUGACUUAAAAAAACACCAGAGAGUUCAUACUGGAGAGAAACCGUACAAAUGCUCACACUGUGGAAAGAGUUUUGCUCGGCGAGUACACCUUAAAGAUCAUGAGAGAGUUCAUACUGGAGAGAAGCCGUACCAGUGCUCUUCAUGUGGAAGGAGUUUCACCCGAUCAUCUAGUCUACGGACUCAUGAGAAAAAGCAUUGCCUGAAGUUGUGCAAGUGAGCCAAGUUUUCGCUUACAUGCAUGAUUAACAAAUAUUGGUCUUACAAAUAAUUUGACAUUCAGAUUGUUUUAUUAGAGUGAUUUUAAUAUUUUGCUUAAAAUUAGUAAUGAAGUUUGAAUCUGGUGACAGUUUGGUCAAAUAUUGCCCUUUUCUUUUCACAGCUGAUGUAACAUGGUUUAUAAUUAUGUUUCAACUUUACUGAACUUCAAACACUUGUUUUGCUGCAUUAAAAGAUUUCUAAAAUUUU